AUGAGAACCAUCACACCUAAAACUUCGAAGUUACCAUGGGAACAUGACUUUGUAAUUUAUAAUGGUGUCAUAGACAAGACAGCCCCAGAUUUCUUAGCAUUCAAGCAACAUUUUAGUUUGUCUUGGGGAAGUAUUUUUUCUCUCCUGGAGCACAUCGAGAAGUUUCUCAGGGACUAUGCAGUACCAGAAGUCAAAAUAAAAGGGAAUAAUUUAGUAUCCCUCCUUCCAGAAUUUGAGCUGAAGAACAAACUUACCAAAUAUGACCUCCUCUCAGUGAUAGAAAACCCACUGCCCAUCCAAACGUUGUUAAAUCUUCCGGGGCAAAGGUAUAAGGGCCAAGACGGGAGGUCAGUGGCUGCCAACAAGAUCCAAGCGACAUGGAAAUGCUACAAGACAAGGAAGUUCUUCCUCCUUUACCGCCAGCAGAAAUGGGCGUCCGGUGUGAUUGCCAUUUCGUGGCUCUUACAUUGCCAUAAGACGCGAGUAAAGAAGAUCCUGAUGGAAACACGUCAGAGACACCUGGAGAAUUUCCACAUUCGAGCCAAGCAUCUGGCAGCCAACUGGAAUCGCAUCAGGACCUCCAGGAGGACUAUUAUCCAUAUCCCAUCAUUAGGAUAUGCCCAGCCAAUGCGACAAAACAUUGCUGACUUCAACACACAGCAGAACAUGCAACUGGGGAGACUGUGUGACAUCUCAGAUGCCAAUGUGAGUGUCAUCUACAUCUGUUCCCAUCAUAUGAAUGAAGAUUUACUGAUGUACUAUCAUCAAAUCUUGAGUCUACGGGCAGCUGUCAAAUCAGGAAACCCUGAGGACAGAAGUGACCUGCAGGACAGGUUCAAAAUUAUCACCCCCGAAGCUGUAAACUUCUUCACUGUGAUAGAACAGCUGAGUCAGCUGGUGGUUGAUCACCUGGAAAUCAAACGCUGGCUCUUUAAAAUGGACUUUGAGAUUGGAGGAAAUGGGACAGCUUUUUGUGAUGUUCCUUCUCACCUAGAGUGCUACCGCUGGCUCCAAAAGGAAAGUCGCAGAUAUGGCCAAGAAGGCUGGAGCAAGAAGUGGGCACAUGAGCCAGCUUUGGUGAAGAUCUCCGAGGAGCUGGCGGGCAUUUUAGCACAGCACGCACAGCCAGUCAAUGAGAAACGGUUCCCGACGUGGAGGAAAUUCCUCCAAACAUUUCUCAGUCAAGGAGGUGUAAUUGAAGCAUACGCACCAGCAGAGAGUAUCACCAGCUUGACAGUGGACAUGCUGAUAGAACCCAAUGGAGAAGUCAGGGUGCUGUCCACAGGGGACAAGUUUCAUGCCAAAGACAUCUUCAUCACCGCUGGUACUACCAUGCCUCAGACCUCAGUGGAUCCCCAAGUUCUCACUUCUUUAUGCCUCCGAAUUGGAAAAGCUUGUAAAAUGAGAAAUGUCGUUGGUUACUUUUCUAUAAACCUGGUGACUUUUAUUGAUCCAAUCACCUUGGAACAGCAGGUGUGGGCCACAAGCCUCAACCUCUCCUAUAGUGACCAACUGGCCUUGACUCAGCUCGCCUUAUACUUGACCAAUGGCCACCUGGAUUGCAGCUUGAGCACCUUUGGAGUGCCCCUCUUUGUUCCAAAGAAGAAGAAGAAAAUGAGUUGCUCACAGUUAACCACCAGUCGCUAUGCAGUGAUGACCACCCAGCUGAAACACAGCAAUCUCUCAUUGAUUUUCCACUAUGUUUUUCUCCAGAUGUGUAAGGCCCAUGGCAUUGGCUAUGACAUUGAGGGCAGACAAGGAACUGUUUUUAUAUUAUAUGAACACCUGAAGAGAGAGAAGCUGGGAAUGAUAACAAUCGGUGAGGAUCUCCAGGGGGUCCUCAUGACCUUUGCUCGCAAUCUCUUCAUCAUCCAUCAAGAAAUAUCAGCACCUAAUAUGCAAGGCGAGACCAAUUUUAAGGCCAUCAUUGAUGAUAUGGAAGUCAUUCUAGGAGUAACACAGGAAAACAAAAUGAGAUUUGAAGAACUUCAGUCCAAAGAUGAUAAAAACCUCUCUAAGCCUGAUAAAUGAACGUUCCCGAAUACAUUACUGAUUUUGGGUUCACAUCUGGGGCCAAAAAAGGGCAACAUUCCUUAUGU